AUGGCUGUGUGGAACAAUGGCAGCUCCAACAUAUCCUAUACCAGUUUCAUCCUGGUGGGCUUCCCAGGUAUCUGGGAAUCCCGCGCUUUCCUUGUGCUGGCCUUCCUCAGCCUCUACCUGGUGAUUGUUACUGCCAAUGGCCUGGUCAUCCACACGGUAGUGGUCCAAAGGACUCUGCACCAGCCCAUGUACCUGCUCAUUGCCCUACUCUUGGCCGUCAAUAUCUGUUCCGCCACCACUGUGAUUCCCGCCAUGCUCUUCAGUUUCUCCACUAACUUUAACCACAUCUCCCUGGCUCGCUGUCUGGGCCAGAUGUUCUGCAUCUACUUCCUCGUUCUCUUUGACUGCAAUAUCCUCCUGGUCAUGGCCCUAGACCGCUUUGUUGCCAUCUGCUACCCUCUCCGUUACCCAGAGAUAGUGACCAGCCAAUUCUUGACUGGCCUGGUGGGAAUGGCAGCUGCCAGGAGCUCUGGAACAGUUGCUCCACUGGUAGUGCUGGCCUCCCGGGUCCGCUUCUGCAGAACAAAUGUGAUCCAUCACUUUGCCUGUGAGCACAUGGCGCUGAUGAAGCUCUCCUGUGGGGACAUCUCCCUGAACAAGAGGGUGGGACUUGCUCUCCGCAUUUUCAACAGAGUCUUUGACAUGCUGUUGCUGGGUGCCUCCUACUCCCGAAUCAUCCAUGCUGCCUUCAGAAUUUCAUCAGGUGGAGCCCGCUCCAAGGCCCUAAACACAUGUGGGUCCCACCUGCUGGUCAUCUUCACCAUCUACUCAUCUACCAUAACAUCGUCCAUCGUCUACCGGGUGGCCCGCACAGCCUCCCAAGACAUCCACAACCUGCUGAGCGCCUUCUACCUGCUGCUCCCAUGUCUGGUCAAUCCCAUCAUCUAUGGGGCUAGGACCAAGGAAAUCAGGCAGCAUCUGGCAGCUCUGUUCCAACAGGCAAAGUCCCAGAAUCACACUGAGAAGCCUUAG